AACCCAGCCACUCCACCAAACCCUAAAUAUAUAACCCCUUAUUUCGCUAAGGACUCGCCAUUAGCCGCACAUUUGUUUAGAGCAAUCGGUUAAAUCGAAAACUCCUCUCUUCUUUGCAUGCCUGAUUUUUCAUCUCAUGCCGAAAUUGACAUCGGUUUUCCUGAAUGAGUUGGCGUCCUUCGGCCUUAUCUUUGUCGCCAGAGUAUCUGCGUAUUCCGGUUGAGGCCGGCCUUUGCAAACUAUUUUCGUCAUAUGGCCGACUUUGUUUGCGAUUUACCCGCAGCAUUGAAGAUAGAGAUCCCAUAAGCUUUGGCUUUGCCUCUUUCAAUGACCACAUCUUAUCUAGCUAAUUUGGAGUUAACUGGGUGUAGUAUGAAAACAACCAUCUCAUGCCAAAAAUUACAUACUCGGAGCUCUUAUUUAUGUGUACAUGAAUCUCGAUGCUCUUUAAUUGCUGGUUCACAAACAUCUUUAAAGCUGCACCCUCAAAGCAAGACGAAAACCAACAUCAUGUCCACAACUCCCGAUAGAAGCAGCCACAUUAGCAGUACAGAGAAUAAGGUUAGCAGUCUUACAUAUAAAGAUGCUGGAGUUGACAUUGAUGCAGGCUCAGAACUUGUCAGGAGGAUCGCCAAAAUGGCACCUGGAAUUGGCGGUUUUGGAGGCCUUUUUCCUUUAGGUGAUUCCUACCUUGUGGCUGGUACUGAUGGAGUGGGAACGAAAUUAAAACUUGCUUUUGAAACUGGAGUCCAUGACACUAUAGGGAUUGAUCUGGUUGCAAUGAGUGUUAAUGAUAUUGUCACCUCUGGAGCUAAACCUUUAUUUUUUCUUGAUUACUUCGCAACAAGUCGCCUUGAUGUUGAUAUGGCAGAAAAGGUGAUAAAAGGUAUUGUAGAUGGUUGCAAGCAGUCUGAUUGUGCCCUAUUGGGGGGAGAGACCGCAGAAAUGCCAGAUUUCUAUGCAAGUGGGGAGUAUGAUCUUAGUGGUUUUGCAGUUGGUAUUGUGAAAAAGAAUGAUGUUAUUGAUGGGAAGAAUAUUGUUGCUGGAGAUGUCCUCAUUGGUCUUCCAUCUAGUGGAGUUCAUUCAAAUGGAUUUUCCCUUGCCAGAAGGGUGCUCAAGCAAAGUAACCUUUCUUUGGACGACCAACUUCCCGGCAGCUCUACUACAUUAGGUGAAGCUUUAAUGGCCCCAACUGUCAUUUAUGUUAAGCAGGUACUUGAGAUUAUCAAUAAAGGUGGAGUUAAAGGGAUAGCUCACAUCACAGGAGGUGGUUUUACAGAUAAUAUACCUCGUAUAUUUCCUAAAGGUUUGGGAGCUGUUAUCUAUAAUGAUUCCUGGGUAGUUCCUCCUGUAUUUAAAUGGAUUCAAGAGGCGGGUAAAAUUGAAGAUGCUGAAAUGAGGAGGACUUUUAACAUGGGAAUCGGGAUGGUCCUGGUUGUGACCCCAGACAUGGCUCUUAAAAUUUUAGAGGACAACUCAUGCAAUGCUUUCCGUAUUGGUGAGGUAGUUGACAAAGAUGGAGUAAGAUACCAUUAACAGUGGAGGCAAGAGCAUUCUGUAUCAGUAUAAGAUAUGUUUUUCUCACAUUCUUCAUCUCAGGGCUCUGGAAAAUUACUGAGCAGUGGAAUGUGAUAUAAGCAGGUUCAUGAUUUUGUAGAAAUAAAACAGGCCAAACUGUAGGGGUUAUGUAGACUAGUGUGAAGUUGGCCAUCUCAGUUUUACUAUUUUAUCGAAGUUGGUUCUCAUUUUGUACUAUGAAAGCUGUCAAUUUAGCUCAAAAACUCUUUAACAGAGAUCCCUUUGGUUCUACAUUUUUUUAAAUCAAUUUUGACAUUCAGCUCCAUUGGACCAAGGGAGUGUUUGCAUGAACUUAAAAGUCUAUAAUUUGAGUUUGUAAGCCAGUUUGGCUAAAUAUAUUUAAAACUUUUCCUCAGAAACUAUCAAGGGGCCUAUCCCAUGUCAAUAACAACAACAUUACCCAG